GAGCCAUGAAAUAAACACAAUAAAUGAUGUGUCUACACUACUUGCAGUCGGCCUGCACAGUAUGCAAAUUACUGCAGUAUACAACUGUACUAUUCACACCUCAUAUAUGAAUGAUGCUAAUGACAUUUGAACAAAACCUACAUCAUUGUCAGAUUUCAUCAGAUUUUAAGAUCAAUGCACAAACAGGAGUGGCAUUUUAGUGCACUCUACUAAGGAUAGAAUAAGAACAAGGAUUGGCAACAUGAAUUUUUAUAUUUUAAUAACAGUAAUGUACCUCAGGUGGACAAUAUUAAACACACGACCAUAUGCAUAUAUACAGAAAACUAAAUUUAAAAAGCCUACAUUAACCACAAAAAUCCUAAAUAAACAAAUUAUUCACCCCCAAUUAUAUAAUAAUAGCGAAAUCCUGAUGAAUGAUAAUGAAGCAAGUCAUUAUUAUAUUUUGUAUCUGGGCUCUUUAAAUAAAUAACAACAGCCUGACUUCAGAGGCCCUGAGAGGGAAAACACUUCCAUGAAGUGGGAUUCCCAGACAUUGUUGUGGGUUUGCUCAAGCUAACAUGACCUAGCAUGCUAACUAGCAGCUGGUGAAAGGAAGGGGAAGGAGUCAGAUGGAGAUGGGUGAUAACAUAACUGUUCAUGCAAAGUGAAAAGCACCGGAAAAAAAAUACAACCAUUAAAUGAAAAUAGCCCUUUGAAAGGCUUCGUUUUGAAUUAAAAAUGCUAUCAAUAAAUAACAUGAUAGAAAAAAGUACCAGCACCGUGAAGAAUGCUGUUGAAUGAAUGGCGUCGCCAGUCCUGCCACCCUUCCUCAGCCUGUCAAGCUUGUCACCUCCUGGUCCUUCACCGCUCCAUUUUUCUCACCCUGCGCCGCCUUAAAUCACCAAUCAACGCACUCUGUGCGCCCUAAUGUGUCUAAACUGUCUGUUAGAACAAUUUAAUUAAGGCAAAGUUUUACCCCAUGUUAUUUUAAGUUAAGUGUAAUUCAAAGGCCCUAACACUGCGUUGCCUAAACAGAUUUUGGGCUGCAAUACACAUUAUCCAAAUUUGCAUUAAAAAUAAAAUCUGUACCGAAGUACCUUAAUUAUAUUAAUAUUAACGUUUUAGUUUGGUACUUUGUUGAUUAACGUGACAGGUGAGCCCAAAUGUCUGAAUUGUCCUCCACAAAUAGGCUAAUUAAAAAUGCAUUGAUUUCAAUACCACUUAACGGCCCCUGUGAUUUGCUCCUGUGAGAGUUUCGAUGUUUAUCGCCCAUGUAAAAACACGCCCAGAUGGACAGACCACUAUUGUCUGCAAGUUAUUAACCCAUUAAAAUCGUUAAAGGCCCCUCCAGUCAAAUUAUGAAGCUUCUCAGAGUGGUUUUAAUCCUCAUGCAUUAUGGGCUGCAGGUUUCAGUCAUACAGCAGAGUGAAUGAGGGUGAUCUCUAAUUAGUAAGAAUUAUCCACACCUUCUCCUGGCUGCAAUGUGGACGACCUCGCCCAAGCCAUUCGUCUAUUGUCCGCCGCGCUGAGUGAAUUGCUGUUUUAAGGGAUUUUUUGAGUGUCUUAAAGGGGAUUUGACAGGUUUAAGCGAUUUGAUUUAAAAACUGCAAUGUUAAUCAUUAACUUGGUAUUACACUAUGACUAUGAAAUAGCAGAAACUGACAUGAUGGCCGCUGAUGGUUGCAAUGAUUGGGAAGAUGGGAUGAGAGUGAUUACUGGAUAAUCCCAGAUUUCUAUCAUGAUGAUCAACGUGAAUCUAUAGCUCGGUCAAAAAUCUAGUAGUCUAAUCCACCAUAGGACAUAAACUGAUUACACACGCAAUAUCCUAACUUACAAUUUAAUCGUGAAAACAUUAAAGCUCUUAUGUGUUUAUACUCUUGCAACUUCCAGACUGUUUUCACACCAAGUUGUUUCCCAGGGAAACAUCUAUUAUCCUAUUAUCAGGACGAUGCCAAUGCCGCCAAUGUGUGAGGCAGUAUUUACAUCACUAUAUACCCUCAGCUCCUGAAAAGACUUUAUGGCUUUGUAGUCAUGUCAAUCCCUGAGACAUUGGUGCCAUUUCCCAAGCGUUUAUAAAUACACAUGAGGCGGCAUUCACUACUGUAUAUCCUUUAAUAGGACGCCUACUUAUUUGAUUUGAUUUUUUUCCGGCAACCCAAGUUGAGCUGUGUUAUUGUUAUACUUGUGGCCUCUGCUUUACAGUGACCUUAAUGAGUACAAUGCUGCUGUUCUGGCAUCGUUUUAAUAUCCUCAACUAUGCUUAAGCCGAUAUUUUCACAAACCUGAAAAUAAAUGGCUGUAUUACAGACUAUAUGGCUUUAUCCUAUUUGCAAUGUUCAAAUAGGAUAAUACACUAAUUUGAUAUGGUUCAGUUCGUGGGAGAACGUAUAGCUAUUAAAGCCUGGGAAGGACAGGUGAAUGGAUGGGGGGGCUGUUUAACUGUCUGCCUCACUUCUUUGAAGUGCACUUAUGCACCGACGGCUCCUAUUUGUCUGUAGGACGCAGCAAUCAGUGUCAUUGUUGACGCAUUUUCACAGUAAAACGUGACCUGCGGGACAAAUCUGUCAAUCAAUGGAGCAAGACCAUAUAAAUAUCAUCAGCGUGUAGUCAAGCCACAACUUCAGUUGUCUUCUUCCUUCUUGGCACUCACAUCUGGGAUACGAACAAACCGACCACUGCUUGGAAUACAGCUGCAAUGGGAACACCGACUCUUCUUACAGUCAUUGUUCUGUCCAUGUGCUGUCAUUUUCAGUGUGCAUUGGCUUGGUAUGUCACUUACUUUAAAGAUAAUACAACGUAAUGUGUGCUUGCUAGUGGUGUAGUGACCUGGAAUUAACGUGGCUGUCUUGUUUUCUUUCUAUAGGACCGUGAAUAAUUUCCUCAUGACUGGACCCAAGGCUUUUCUCACCUAUGCCAGCAGUGUCCAAAUGGGCGCAAAGAGUGGCAUACAAGAGUGUAAACACCAGUUCAUGUGGGACAGGUGGAACUGCCCAGAGAGCACGCUCCAGUUAACCACACACAACGGCCUUCGAAGUGCCACAAGGGAGACGUCUUUUGUCCAUGCUAUCAGCGCAGCUGGAGUGAUGUACACGCUCACCAAGAACUGUAGUAUGGGGGACUUUGACAACUGUGGCUGCGAUGACUCCAGAAUCGGGCAGACAGGUGGUAAAGGAUGGAUUUGGGGAGGAUGUAGUGAUAAUGUAGCGUUUGGAGAGAAGAUCUCAAAACAGUUUGUUGACGCGCUGGAAGAUGGACGUGACUCGCGGGCAGCAGUCAACCUGCACAACAACGAGGCUGGCAGACUAGCAGUCAAAGCUACCAUGAGGAGAGCCUGCAAAUGUCACGGAGUGUCUGGGAGCUGCAGCAUCCAAACCUGCUGGAUGCAGCUGGCCGACUUCAGAGAGGUGGGCAACUACCUGAAGAUGAAGCACGAACGUGCAAAGAAACUGGAGUUGGACAAGAAGCCAGUGAGGGCUGGGAACAGCGCGGACAACAGAGGAGCCAUCGCGCAUGCUUUCCGGGGCAUCCCCCAGACGGAGCUCAUUUACCUGGAGGAUUCUCCGGAUUACUGCGUGAAGAACCAGAGCCUGGGAUUUCAAGGCACAGAGGGCCGGGAGUGCCUGAAGGGUGACAAAGGCAUGCCCCUGUGGGAGAGAAAGAGCUGCCGCAGACUGUGCUAUGAAUGCGGCCUCAGAGUGGUGGAGAAACGCGUUGAGGUUGUCAGCAGCUGCAACUGCAAAUUUUACUGGUGCUGUACAGUGAAGUGUGACAAAUGCACGCAAGUUGUCACUAAAUAUUACUGCGUGAAUCCGGAAAAUGGGAGGAAACCAUAUAAUAAAACAAAGAGCAGGCACCGUGCGCGCCAGCACUGACUGCAGUUUGUUAUAUAUACUAUGCUGAUUACUUUUCAUUAAUUUCAGCAUUACGGACAUAAUGGUUUCAGUAUUACAUUUGAGUAAUUUUCAUUUUGAACUCACAUCACCCUAAACGUUUAAUGCACUUUAUCU